AUGGAUAAAAAGAUACCGAAUCAUCUUCAAAACGUUGAAAUUGAAGUAGAAUUUCCAUUGCGACGGCGUAAACGUAUUAAAAUUAUGCCCGGAGGAAAAGCAUUUGAUGAAAUCGGAAAUCUAGACGAAAAUUCAAAAUAUAGAGUUCAGACGUUUCGUGUUAUAAUGGAUAAGAUAUUAGAAGCAGUAGAUAGUCGUUUUAUAAAUAACUGUAAUACAAGUCUUCUUAUUUCAUUAUCAUUACUUUCUCCUGGACAGAAAUAUUUUGAAAAUUUAGAAGAACGAAUAAAGAAGUAUGAAAAUAACUUGGAUACAAUUAUCAAAAUUUCUGGAGUGGAUAAAAUUAAAGUUUUAGAUGAGUUACGUUCAUUUGCUUCAUGUUACUCAAAGCUAAUAAGUACUUUAAAUAUAACAUCUCAUGCAAGUUUAAAACAAUCAGAUGAAGACAUCAAUAAUGAUUAUGAAACAGAUUCCUCAUCAGAUUCGUUUAAGAAUGAUUUGACAAGUUGUAAAGAAAAUGGGUAUUGUAUUCCGUGUGCCUUUUCUAUUUUAUACGAUUAUAAUUUUCAUUCAUCUGCGUACAGUAAUUUAUAUAGAGUGUACAAAGUCGCAUUAACUUUAUCCUGUACUCAAGUAUGCUGUGAAAGAGCUUUCUCAAAGUUAAAAAUUAUUAAAAACCGUUUGAGAGCAUCAAUGAGUCAAGAAUUACUGGAAUCACUAAUGCUAAAAAGUAUUGAACCUGACUUGUUACCUGAUACCAAUGUUAUCAUAGAUAACAUUGGAAAAAAUACAACGGAGCUAAGAAAAUUAUUAAUUUUUUAA